UGGUAAAAGAGGAGGGGACGAAGACCGGAGGAAGGCGAAUCUCAGGACAGUGGGGAAAUUGGCGCUUCUUCUCGCCAUUUGAAAACCCUAACACCUUCACUUCCAUCACUGCGAUCACCAAAGAAGAAGACAUGGCGUUUCUCCCGCGUCCGCUUUCUCAUUCUCUCUGCCUCCGAGCCUCUCGAGGAUUCUUGUUCUCCUCCCUUUUGAGUUCCUCCGGCCAGAGCAACGGAAGGAAUUCAGUUUCCAGAACAAGGACGCGCACACGUUGCCUUUCCACUGUAGUUGAAGAGUUGGAUUUUGAACGCGACGGACUUCAUGAUGAUGUGAAGAUGAUGGAGAGAGAAAAUGCCCUACGUCAUGCUCUGUCAAGCCUUGCGGGUGAAUUUGGUAGAGAAUCCAUGCUGUCUUUGAGGCGAUUUUUCAGUUCACGGCGUCAACCAAUAAUAUCCACUGGUUCUUUAAAGCUUGAUCUAGCCCUUGAGAUUGGAGGGUUACCAAGGGGUAGAAUUGUUGAAAUAUAUGGGAAAGAGGCAUCUGGCAAGACAACACUUGCUCUUCACAUCAUUAAAGAAGCACAGAAAUUUGGUGGUUAUUGUGCAUACUUUGAUGUGGAGAAUGCACUCGACCCAUCACUCGCAGAAUCAAUGGGCAUAAACACAGAAAAUCUUCUUCUUUUCCGUCCAAAUUCUGCUGAAAAUUUGCUUAGUGCAGUUGAUACACUGACAAAAAGUGGGUCCCUAGAUGUCAUUGUCAUUGAUAGCGUCGCUGCCCUUGUGCCCCAAUGUGAAAUCGAUGAACCAAUAGGCUGCAGAAACAAAGACAUACAAUCAAGAAUCAUGACACAGGCUCUUAGAAAGAUCCACUGUUCUCUUCUCCAGUCGAAAACUCUCAUUGUUUUUGUGAAUCAGGUUAGGUCAGUUCCAAAAUUUGGUCACGCUUUUGGAGGACAUCGAGAUGAGGUUACAUGCGGUGGAAAUGCUUUGAAGUUCUAUGCGGCUGUCCGGAUGAGACUGGUCAGGAUGGGAUUGCUUAAAACAGACGAUAAGCCAACUGGUCUUGGGGUUUGCGUGGAAGUGGUGAAAAAUAAGUUGGCACCAACUAAGAAGAAAGCCGAACUAGGAAUCAUGUUUGGAAAGGGUUUUUGCUUGGAAUCGGAGGUCUUAGAAUUGGCCUGUGAUCAUGGGAUUAUCUUGAAAGAAGGAUCCACAUACCACAUACACGGGGAGGUUUUCUGUGCUAAACAUGAAGUGGAAGAAUAUCUGGCUCAAAAUGAUAGGGUCCUUCAAAAGAUAACCAUGAUAUUGAGGAGUCAUCUGCUUGAAAAUGAGGAGUGAUGACACUACUUCCUUGAUUGGAUGAGGAUGACUUCUCCUUAGGCGAUUGAGCUUUCCUGGACAACCAGCCUAAUGCCUUCGUUCUUGUUGGUUGGAGCUGGUUGACAUCAAAUUGACAAAAUAUGACCUCAUUGAACUGCAGCAUUUGUAUGUGCUCGCAUAUGCACAGAUUCUUCCAAAAUAGGCGUGUUAAAGAAUGGCUCCAAAAAGCGAAGCUGAUUUGUUGUGAGGCGCCGUUUUCUAUUUAACUUCCCCAGGAGGAUUGGAUAUUCAUCUCCAUGGCUUGUAGAUCGCCCCCCAAUCAGGAUAUUGCUGGAGCAUGGUGAUUCUAGCAACCAUCUAACUGCCACUGGUUUGUAUGUCGGUGUAAAUUGGUCAAGAUCAUCUAUGCUGCAUUAUUUGUGAGUUUAUACUCCUGUACGACAGUUAGUUGUCUAUCAGUAGAUGAAAUGGAGCUUUUCUCC